CGCGCCGACAUCCUCCCGCACAUACCUAAUCAUGUCCCUCUUUGGCGGUGCCCUGCCUGAGAGGGGAGACGACAACGACGACAACAACAACAACCAAAGCAGCUCUCCGCAGCCAUCCAGCCCUCCUCCUCAACCCUUCGAAGCACAGCCACCUCCCCGCCAAUCUAUCGAGCAUGACAUCGCCGACGACGAACACGAGCCCUCCGCCUCAGAUUACGGCUCGGAAGAAGAGCAUCGGCCGAACGCUUUCGACGGACUGCCCGGAACAUGGCGCAGGUACACGCUCAAGGAGCGCGACCUGGAGUUUUCUCUUGGACAACUCCGCGCCGCCGACCUGAGCUGCCAUCUCUACAACGCGCACGCGCUGAAUCGCCGCCUCCGGUCGCACGGGGCGGCAGAAGCAGCGAAACAAUGGGAAACAAAGACACGCUGGAUCGACGAGGCGCAGCGCGAGGAAUGGGCACCACCGACAACGUGGACCGCAUGGCCGCUGGAGCCCGACCAGGUUCCGCGCGCGCACGAGACAUUUGCUGAUGCACCAGUGAUCGACUCGGAGCAUAAUUCUACCGUCCGAGAGCAAGCCUAUUCGAAACAAAAGCCCAGCCAGGAUCUAGAGGAUAUUUUCGUUGGUGUGGUUCAGAAAAAAGCAAAGGAACGGUGGGACCAACGGCCGUCAGAGAGCGAAUCGGCAGGCGAGGAUGAGAGACAGCACCCUGAGGCUCGAGGUGCACGGCUUGAUACAGAUGCGCGCGCCCGCAAAUCUAGCGCCAAUGGCAAGGUGUCACGAAAGAAAUCCAGGGCUGCUUCAUCGCAUGAAGAUUCUGAAGCCGAACCCCAAGAUGCCACGAGCACGGCGAAGCGAGAUGCUGAUAAUCACAAUCUUCAUAGACCGGUAAUUUUGGCCGACGAUGAGAAGGCGCACAAAAUCCUCCAGCCAUCGGUGCGCUCUGUGCUCAGCAAGCUAGAGACCCUGUUGAUCAAUUUACAUCACUCUCGACGAAACCACUGGGAAAACAUUCAUCACGUUUCAGGAGAUGAGGCGGAACUCGCCACCAAUGACAUUGCUAUCGAAGCUGGGAGCGACAUCGAGGCAGGAAACAGCCCUCAAUUGAAGCGGAAACGAGGUAGGCCGCCAAAGUUUGUCAACACGGUUUCUGGCGAGCAGCAUGUAACCACCGACGCGGAGUCUGAAACUUCUGCCGGCCCUGCAAAACGGAAAAAAGGUCGCCCACGCAAAUACAACACAGAGCGCCUAGAAGGAGAAUCGUAUUACAUGAUGAUCAAGCGCUAUGAGCGUGAAAAGCAGGAGCGUGAGCAACACGAGCGCAGCACGACGCCGUUCGAAACCGAUGACGCCGAUAAGGGCGAAAACAGCAAACAUCAGAGCCCUCUCUCUGCACCUAACAGCCCCAGCAAACGGCGCCGUCGCUCUUCUACGGGCAGUACGGCUUCUGGCACCAGUGCGCGCUCUGAUCGCUCAAACACCGUGCAUUUGAAGACGCUAAACCUACGCGACUGGAGCGAGGUGCUGGGCUUGGCUGUCCUAUCGGGCUUCAAGCCGGAGGUGGUACAACGCGCGGGGCAAAGAUGUGCGAACCUCUUUGGUGAAGGCAUGGCGUUCGCCACGCUCGAAGAGCGGGGUACCAAGGCAACAGAGACGGUAGAAUAUCGACCUGAAGCCGUACCUGCGCUCCCUGUGUUUGGGGAUGAUGAGACAGACGAGGAAGAGGAAACGGAUCACCUUGCUUGGGACAACAAAAGCUCGCUGACUUGUCCGUACAAGCGCUGUCCUCGCUCGCACAACGCGUACGCAACACGCUGGCGUCUAAACGAGCAUCUGAAGCGCGCACAUGGGGGUAAUGGUGAUCAGAAUAAAUCGGUUUCCGCAGCGGAUGAUCUCCUGGGAGGUCUCCACAACGAUGGCUUUUUGGAAAUUAUAGAAGCGAGGGCGGGGUGGGGAGUGAAGCGAAAGAAACGGCAAACCAAAAAGAGAAAGGUUGAGGAAGAGUAGAGUUGUGGCGUCAGAAAAUGCGAGGUUGCAGUAAUCAUUGCUCCCUUCAGUUCUUCGAGGCCCGAUUUCUAUGGGGUUCUCUUCGUAAAUCACUGCAUGUGUAGUGAGGCCUUGGCCAAUUGAUGAGCCAUAAGGAAGCCUCGUAAAGGGACAGCCACCAAUAGAACGGCGUUGGUAGCUGCGAAAUUCGACGAAGAUUUAAGGUGCGGUC